UUUUAUAAAUAAAUAAAUAAAUCUCAGACGCUUUAUAGUUCAUAGAGGAGCGUGAUAACCAUAGGCUACGGCUCACCCACCCAACCAGAUUGAGGAGGUUUCUUUCCCUCGCUCGUCCCGGAGAAAUCGCUGCUUUCUCUCUGGCCGCCGCUUAUGGAUCCGUACAAGCACCGUCCUUCAACUGCUUUCAAUUCUCCUUUCUGGACAACAAACUCUGGUGCUCCCGUGUGGAACAACAACUCUUCAUUGACCGUUGGAACUAGAGGUCCAAUUCUUCUUGAGGAUUAUCACUUGGUUGAGAAACUUGCCAAUUUUGAUCGGGAGCGUAUCCCUGAGCGUGUUGUCCAUGCAAGAGGGGCUAGUGCCAAGGGUUUCUUUGAGGUCACACAUGACAUUUCUCAGCUUACUUGCGCUGAUUUUCUGCGAGCCCCUGGAGUCCAGACACCUGUUAUUGUCCGUUUCUCCACUGUCAUCCAUGAACGUGGUAGCCCCGAAACCCUGAGGGACCCUAGAGGUUUUGCAGUGAAGUUUUACACCAGAGAGGGUAACUUUGAUCUGGUUGGAAACAACUUUCCUGUAUUUUUCAUCCGUGAUGGAAUGAAGUUCCCUGACAUGGUCCAUUCUCUUAAACCCAACCCCAAGUCUCACAUCCAGGAGAACUGGAGAAUCCUUGACUUCUUCUCCCACCAUCCAGAGAGUUUGCAUAUGUUCACCUUCCUCUUCGAUGAUUUGGGUGUUCCACAAGACUACAGACACAUGGAUGGCUCUGGUGUUAAUACCUAUACCUUAAUCAAUAAAGCUGGGAAAGCUCACUAUGUCAAGUUUCAUUGGAAACCUACUUGUGGAGUGAAGUGUUUAUUGGAAGAUGAAGCCAUUAAGGUUGGAGGAUCCAAUCACAGCCAUGCAACCCAGGAUCUGUAUGACUCUAUAGCAGCAGGAAAUUAUCCUGAAUGGAAACUUUUCAUUCAGAUAAUUGAUCCUGAUCAUGAAGACAGAUUUGAUUUUGACCCACUUGAUGUAACCAAGACAUGGCCUGAGGACAUCUUGCCCCUGCAGCCAGUGGGUCGUUUGGUCUUGAAUAAGAACAUUGAUAACUUCUUUGCUGAGAAUGAGCAACUUGCUUUCUGCCCUGCUAUUAUUGUGCCCGGUAUCUACUAUUCAGAUGACAAGCUGCUUCAAACUCGGAUAUUCUCUUAUGCGGAUACUCAGAGGCACCGUCUGGGACCUAACUAUCUGCAGCUCCCUGCUAAUGCUCCCAAGUGUGCUCAUCACAACAAUCACCACGAUGGUUUCAUGAAUUUCAUGCACAGAGAUGAGGAGGUUGAUUACUUCCCUUCAAGGUAUGAUCCUGUACGACACGCCGAGAGGCACCCAAUUCCUCCUCCUGUCUUGACAGGAAAGCGUGAUAAGUGCAUCAUUGAGAAAGAGAACAACUUUAAGCAGCCCGGAGAGAAAUACCGAUCUUGGGCACCAGACAGGCAAGAGCGGUUCAUCUGCAGAUGGGUUGACGCCUUAUCCGACGCAAGAGUGACCCAUGAGAUCCGCAGCAUCUGGAUCUCAUAUUGGUCUCAGGCUGACAGGUCUUUGGGUCAGAAGAUAGCAUCUCGCCUGAACGUAAGGCCAAGCAUUUGAAAGCGAAGUUGGGCUGGAACUGGAUGUUGAGUUGUGAACAGUCAGUGAGAGUAAUGGAGGAUAUAAGUUGGGAUUAAUCCUCUCAUGUGUAUUGUUAUAAUAGCCUAAGUUGCGUGACGUGACAUUUUGAUCCGACUAUGUCUCAUACAAUAAUUAAUUAAAUUACAGUCAUGUGGAAGUAA